GGUGUAGCUGGGUUUGCUUCGUUUGUUUUUUAAGGAAAGGAAAUAAUAGCCAUGUUUUGUGGAAGUGAUAUUGUUUAGAGCUUAUGAGUGAAAAUAUGGAUGAGCGGUGAUAGGCUCUCGAAAGCCCCUUCUUCGUCCCUCUUCUCAACAGCUUCACUUCUGGUCGCUCACUCUUCUUCUACUACAGACCGACUUCUAAAGCUUAAUAUAUAAACAAUUGAAUAAAGAAAUAGUAUUGUGGGAUGGCUUCCACUAUUUUCAGGAGCAUUCAAACGCUCCCUUUUUGUUACCAUACAACAACUGCAUUGUUCAGAAGAAAAAAUAGGAUCUUGUUUUGCAUAAUGAAAAGCACACAAGCCCAAUCAGCCACACAAGAGAAGCCUGCUCAAGUCAAAGUUUCAUCUCAUCCUAACGCCAGACCCAUUGAUAAAAUCUCCAAGGACUAUGAAGCAGUUAUAGGGAUAGAAACCCAUGUCCAGCUCUCCACUCUCACCAAAGCCUUUUGCAGUUGUCCGUACAACUAUGGUUCUCCACCAAACACCAGUGUCUGCCCAGUUUGCAUGGGGCUGCCUGGCGCUUUGCCGGUUCUGAACUCAAAGGUCAUUGAGUGUGCAUUGAAAGUUGGCCUUGCCCUUAAUUGUAAGUUGUCUUUAAACUCCAAGUUUGACAGGAAACAGUACUUCUAUCCAGACCUGCCAAAAGGGUACCAAAUAUCUCAGUUUGAUAUACCAAUUGCAACUGGAGGAUACAUUGAUUUGGAUCUUCCAUUGGAGUAUGGUGGUGGACAUAGGAAGUUUGGCAUUACAAGAGUUCACAUGGAAGAAGAUGCAGGGAAGCUGCUUCAUUCAGAAAGUGGAAGCUACUCCCAGGUUGAUUUGAACAGAGCUGGGGUUCCAUUGCUUGAGAUUGUUUCCGAACCUGAUAUGAGAACUGGUAUUGAGGCUGCAGAAUAUGCUGCAGAAUUACAGCGUUUGGUUCGAUAUCUGGGAGUUAGUAAUGGAAAUAUGCAAGAAGGGUCACUUCGUUGUGAUGUGAACGUUUCAAUUAGACCAAUAGGGCAAUUAGAAUUUGGGACAAAGGUUGAGAUAAAAAAUUUGAACUCGUUCUCUUCAAUGGGUAGGGCAAUUGAUUUUGAAAUUGCGAGGCAGGCACUUCUUCUCAGUCAAGGACAGGGUGAUGAAAUUGUACAGGAAACUCGUCUCUGGGAAGAAGGUGGACAGAAAACUGUUACAAUGAGGAAAAAGGAAGGACUUGCUGAUUACCGAUAUUUCCCAGAACCAGACCUUCCAGGAGUUAGUCUCACUCAAGAAUUUGUUGAUAGUAUUCACAAUUCUUUGCCUGAACUUCCAGAAAUGAAACGUCGGAGGUAUGAAAAGAUGGGCCUAAGCAUGCAAGAUCUUCUUUUCCUCGCAAAUGACAUAAAUGUUGCAGAUUUUUUUGAUGCUACAAUUGCAAAGGGUUCUGAUGUGAAGCUUGCUGCUAACUGGAUUAUGGGUGAUAUUGCUGCCUACAUGAAAAAUGAGAAGUUAACAAUUAAUGAGAUUAAAAUUACUCCCCAAGAGUUGUCUGAGUUGAUUGCUUCAAUAAAAAGUGGGACAAUCAGUGGGAAGAUUGGAAAAGAGAUAUUGUUUGAGCUUCUGGCAAAAGGUGGGACCGUGAAGGGAAUUAUAAAAGAAAAGGAUUUAGUUCAGAUUGUAGAUCCUGCGGAGAUUGAAACAAUGGUAGACAAGGUGCUUUCAGAAAAUCCAAAACAGCUGGAGCAAUAUCGUGGCGGGAAGACCAAGUUACAAGGAUUUUUUGCUGGCCAGAUCAUGAAAAUGUCCAAAGGUAAAGCAAAUCCUGGGAUUUUGAACAGGAUCCUGCUUGAGAAAUUAAAUGCCAAGAGUUGAUCAACAUGAAGGUAGUUUACAUGAUAAAGACAAAUCUUGUAUUUUUCUCGUGUCGGCGCAAUCAUGAACUUCUUCCCAAGUUUAGUUGCAUGUCUUUUCAUGGAUAUUUUCUAAGCUAAGUGAUAAUUGACUUCACCAAGGCCUCCACAUGAACUGGCUGAGACUGGAAACCUAAUGAUCGCCACUCGUGAAUGAUUUGUUUUGGAGGAUUUAACAGUGUUAUUGCUUGUAAGCUUAGCUAUUUCUGUAGAUUGAUUGAUAGUUCUCAUUGUUAACCAGUGAGAUGAGUUGUAAUAAAAGAGUUGCUUCAUUCAUAUUUAUAUGAGCGCCAAUAUUUCAAGUUAUUAAAA